AUGAGGAAGUUAAAGUACAAAUUAUUACUUGCACCGAUGGUUGUUAUUUUGGUAGCUGGUGUUUUUGUAGUUUAUUUAAUAGUUAACAAAAAGAAUUCUAAUUCUAUUACAUUAAAUAACCUGUCUCUUAACGACACCAUUAUAGACAAACUUGAUACGAAUGACGCUUACAAAACAUAUGAAUCCAAAAUACUUUUAGAGAGCAACAAACUCUCCAAAGAAAAUUUCGUGCUAAUGUUAAAAGUUUUUUAUUUUGCUACGAAAAUUGGCAAAGAUGAUAUUAAUAAAGUUGCGCAAAGAAUUGUGAGAAAAUUUUAUUUAAUAAGUUAUGAAAAUAAAAUAAUAAAUGAAACUAAAUAUAAUAAAAUCUUGAAAUAUUAUGAAAGCAGAAUUCCUUCAAGUAUUGAAAAGGAUAUAAAUUUUCUGGUAAAAAUUUUUCAAAGCAACAAAAUAGAUAAAGUUGCUGGGUUUGAUGUAUUUAUGAAAUUUUUGGAAUUUGAUAUAACAAAACUUUAUGAAAUUGAUCAAAUAAUGCAUACAGACAAUGGUACGAUUGCUAUUUCACCGUUUUUGAAAGAAGAGUUUAUAGCUUACGCUGAUAAAUAUUUAGAAAAAGACUUAAAAGAACAAAUGUUUGAGAAGCAUAUAGUUCAAAAUCCAAUUCCAUAUUCAAGUUUUGAAGCUGUAUUUCUCAAAUGGUUUUUUGGGAAAAAAACUACAAAGGAAACUUUAUAUACAGGAGACUAG